AUGCUCAGAGCUCUUCUGAUCUUCGGCCUGGCGACGGCAGCAGCGGGCGCCGCAGGCCUCGAUGUGAUCCUCUACGGAGAUGGCUGUGUCGGCCACUUUGCCGCCCAGCACCUGGCCGUGCAGCCGGACCUGAAGUGGGCCAUUGCGGGCAGGAAUGGCACGAAGCUGCAGUCGGUGCUACAGGACCUGCGGUCGCUGGGGAAUAUCUCCGAGCCCUCGAUCAUCGUCGCAUCCCUGGAUGGAAAGAGUGAUCCGAAAGAGUGGGUCCAGCGCUCAAGGGCAGUGAUCUCAGCCGCGGGGCCCUUCAGCAUCCAUGGCGGUGAGUUUCUGGUCAAGGCGUGCGCCGAGCUGGGGGUUCACUACGCCGACACCAGCGACGAGUUUUACUGGCAGCGCUGGAUGAUGGACCGAUACGAUGCGGUGGCACAGAAGUCGGGUGCGAAGGUGGUGCUGUCCAGCGGCUUCUGCGCCCUUGCCGGAGACCUCGGUGCUCAGCUGGCCAUGCAGGAGGUGUCGCAGACAGGCGCCGAGGUGAAGCUCGAUGCCUGGCUCGAGAAGUACAAUGGCGGCGUGAGCGCCGGCGUCAUCAACACAGCCAAGGUCAUGAAAAACGUCAGCUAUCCCAAGGCCUGGGACAGCGACCCGUACGUUCUGGCCCCGAACGCCUCGAGCGCCCUGCGCAAGGACACGAAGGUGGAGGGCAUGGGUUACCCUUCCUUCGUGUCCGGCGAGGGUCUGGUUGUCGCCAACAUCUUCGGGCCCUAUGACGCGCGCCUGCUGCGACGAUCCUUCGUCCACCUGGGCCAAUCCGUGGAACUUCGGGUCGGCUCGAGCUCCGGCAUGUACCCCAGGUGGGGUGCAUUCAUUGCCGAGCAUCCCGGAUCUUGGAGCAAGCUUACACAGUGCCCCACUCCUGCCGUCUUCCGGGACGGCUCCUGGGCCUACCGCUUCAAAGCCACCUCCGCGGGCCGCAGCGCCACGGUGCUCCUGUCCGGAGAGGGCGAUCCGGGGUAUCGCUUCACAGCGCAGGGCCUCGCCGAAGCCGGCCUUUGCCUCGCCGGAAAGGUGGCCGGUUGCACCCGAGCAGACGGGGGCAUCUUCCCGCCCAUGGGGGCGUUCCAGCCUGCAGUGCUGAAGGCACGACUGGAGGCCGUGGGCCUCCUGAAGGUGGAGCAGGUCCCAAGUUCGGACUACCUGUCGGCAGCCCCAUCUAGCUACGUCAAUCCUACCGAGGAUUCGAUCCUAGACCUUUGUGUAGCCAUGGUGGAACAGAUGACUAAACUGACCUCCUGCAUUGCGUACACCCGACGUUCGUGUCACAAACUUGGGCUCAGUGACGUCGCUGCGAAGCUCACGCCGGCACUGCUAGAUCUCAAGGCUGAAAUAGCACGCUUGUCAAUUCCGCCAGCAGUGACGGUGGAACGUGGCGCUCAGACUGAGCCUAGUGGCGUGUCCCCAAUCGGGCUCGAUGCCUCCUGCCAGACUGAGAAUGAGGUGAUCUCACGGACUCAGUGCGAGGCAAUCAUGCACAAUGUCGGGAGCAAGUACAUGUCCGUGCUGGAGCAGGCUAAUUCCAAGAUAAAGGAGCAGAUGGAUACCAUCGUGUCUCUGAGGGAACAGCUUGCUCAGCUGGAGUCGCCUACAGAUGACGACAACGAUGUCAGUGCUCAACCAAACAGCAUGGUUGGUGUCGUGGAGUCGCCUACAGAUGACGACAACGUUGUCAGUGCUCAACCGCACAGCAUGGUUGGUGAACACACGGCUUCGUCCUCAGACCAGGUCUGCCGUGCUGAUCUGAAGCGCUUGAAGGAGGACCAUCUCCAGCAACGAUUGGCUUUCAAGGCACAGCGCCGAGAACAUCGCCUGGCGCGCCUGAGUCAAGAUACGCAGGCGUCCGACCGGUCGUCCAUCGUGGAACUCCUGAAGCGAUGGGUGGAGCGAAGUGGCACGGAUGAGACAUCCUUCCCAGCGCCGGACGAGCCCCAGGGCCUCUCCUUCCGAGAGAUCUUGCUGAAGAGUCAUGCCUUCGAGGCGCUUCUUGACGCUUGUGCCAAGUCCCCCACGGUCUGUUCUGCGUUGCGCCCAGACUCCCUCCGCUUUUUGGAGGGAUCACCUUCCCAGGCUGCAGAACCGUUAGUUGGCGCCUUGGCGACGGCAGCUGAACUGCUGUUGCUGCCGGGUUGCCAGGCUUUGUGGCCGCGACUGCUGGAGGCUCUCAUCUUCGGCGGCGCAGGCAAUGCCUGUGCCAGGGUCACCGUGGAGCGACCACGGGGCGCAUUGCGCUGGGAGCAGUGGGCACGCCGCGUGCUCGCAGCACUCAAGAAGCCUUGGCAGGCAGAGAACGUGCAGAGGCUGCUGAGGCACCUGGAUGCUCGCGCAGUCGAGGUCGUGAGAAGGCAUCCCGAGGCAGAGUCGGGAGGCUCUUCGCAGGCGCUCCUGUCGGGCACUGCGGGGCUGUCCAAGCAGGGAAUACGAGCCGCCUUGGCACGCGAGCGGUAUGGGCGAUGGGCGACCUACGCCCGAGAUGUAGAGGCGCAGGUGGAGCUGCUCUGUAUGGCAUGUGCGCGGUUGCGGUCCGUCGCCGAGCUCAACGCUGCGCGGGUGCCAAAGAUGGACCGGCUGGUGCUCGAUGCUGCGGAGGCGGUGAACUCCCUCACAGCGGGUGCGCAAGCUCUCACCGUCGAGCAGGAGAGCUUGGGGUCAAGCCUGGAUCGCCUCGCAGGAGACUUGAACCGGCAGCUGGCGACUCUGGGACUGACGGCCCUGUCGCUGGAAGAGCAGCGCGCAGCUCUCCGUGAUGAGCGCGACAAGCUGCAGAAGCGGCUACGCGAGAUCGAGACACAGCUGAGGCAGUUGGACACUCAACUGUCCGAGUGCUCCCGUCAGGAGACGCACGUCAAGGACCAGCUGUCCACGACCACUGCCCACUUCGAGUCCAAGAUCAAUGCUCUCUUGAAAGAGCUGGUGUCGCUGUCGGAAGAGAAGCUGCGCGCAGUGGCCUACCAGGAGUGCGCGCACGUGGCGCUGGAUGUAGUGCAGAAGGAUCACCACCAGAACACACCUCAACUCCGCGAAGUGCUGAGGAGAAGACGUGGAAUGCUUCGACAAUCCUUGGCGUCGUACCUCAGAGCCCAGCGGCUCUGUUUCUCUGCGGCGGCGGACUGCGCAGCAGGCUCGGAGGCAGACAGCGGCACGAAGGAGGAGCUCAGGGAUGCCUUCGCAUCCCUCCGCCGAAUCCGGCAGGAGGCCGCCGACGUGUUGACGGAGCACGAGGCUGAGGCUCCUGACGACUUGCUGCCGGUGCAGUCUUCGAGGGCUGAGGCCCGAAGCCCGGCGGUGGGACACCAAGAGGCCGAACACAAGGGCGCUUUGGAGGACGAACUCGCAUGCUGUGUCGAGUGUGGGGCGUCUCCAGCCGAGUGGGCCACAGUCUCUUAUGGCUGCCACCUGUGUACGGACUGCGCCGGCAGGCACCGGGGCUUGGGUGUGCACCUGAGCUUCGUGCGCAGCCUGAGCAUGGAUAGAUGGGCUCCUGCACAGUUAUCGCGGAUGCGCUUGGGCGGCAACGGUCGCUGGCAGAAGUUCUUGAGUGGCUAUCCUGGACUGAUGCAGAGCGCCAUGCCCACCCUGGCCGAGCGAUAUGGGUCGAAGGCCGCCAGCUACUAUCGCCGACGGUUGGAUGCCGAGUGCAGUGGCAACCCGUUUGCUGAGGAGCCCCCGGGGCCUUCCGAGGGUGCGGAGCCUGCGGCAUCCGCCAGCGCCGAGGCGGUCGAAGAGGAGGAUGGGUCCGCGUCACUUUCGCUGGAGGAGGAGGAAGCUGCGCUGGCUGAGGCGGCUGCAGCGUGUCAGUCCCUGUAUGGCCUUGCUGAUGCCGAGUGA